GGUUUCUGAAUUGGUAUUUCAAAAUCCUCCAAAUCUGAAAUUAAAUCGAAAAGAGAGUGUGGUUGAAUUCGAAAAUCAAUUCGAAAUCCAGCACAGAUAAGAAAGAUUCACAAAAAAGAAGCAUAAACAUGGCGGAGGCCGAGAUCAAAGGGAUGAUACAAGAUCUUGAGAGUUUCCAUAUUACAUCUACAGAUACCCGCGCGCGUUCGAUUUUCAAGUUCAAAAUUGAAGUACUGAAAGAGAUGUUGGAUUUCUUGAGAGACUUGAAAUUGGAAGAGAGGAGCAGGCUCAAAUUUUUAAUGGCUGACUUGGUUGAGUUGGGUCAAGAUGUCAUGGACUUGGCCAAUGCCUCAUGGAUUGGUUUCAGAUUAAAGUGCCUCAAAGAUGAGAUACAAAUGACAGAGAUGCGGAUGAGAAACUUUGGAGCUGAUGAGAACAAUAUUGGAGACGAAGAAGAAGCGGAGGAAGUUGUGGUGGGGUUGGAGGAAAACGUGAAGACAUUGCUCGACAGAGUGAUUUUAACCGAGGUUAAGGAGUUACACGUAAUGUGUAUAAAGGGCAUGAUUGGUAUCGGGAAGACUACUCUCGCCAGACAACUGUACAAGGCCGGGGCUGGCAAGUUCCAGCGUCAUGCCUGGGUAUGCGCUUCUACUGACAUGAGUAAAAAAGAGAUACUUAUGAAACUGAUACAACAAAUGGUGGAAGGAUAUGAAAGAGAUCCGUCAUUGGAAGAAAUGGACAACCGGAGCCUCCAACAGAUGCUGCGCCAGCACCUUCAAGACAUGUCAUAUUUCAUUGUUCUCGACAAUAUUCCAAACGAAAUGGGAUUGGAUUACAUCUUCAAAGCUCUUCCAUCUCGAGAUGCAGGCCUUACUGGAAGCAGGUUGCUGUUUACAAAUCGCUAUGUGCUUAGAAUAGCCAACAUCGAUUAUACUCAUGAGAUGAGUGCUUUGGAUUCUGAUAAGAGCUGGCAAUUGUUUUUGAAAAUAGUUAAUAAGAUUACAAGUGAUGAGAACACAUUCACAAAGGAGUUGGAGAGGAAGGGCAAAGAGAUGUUGAAGAAAUGUGGGGGUUUGCCGUUAGCUAUAAGAGAUGUUGCAAGGCAGAAAGCAGAACAAAGACUUUCCGGGAUUGAAUGGGAACAACUUUUUGAUUCAAUUGAUUUGAGUGAAUCAUUGAAAGCAUUGGAACCGAUGUAUUUCGAAUUGGGGGAAGAAUUCAAGCCACAUUUCUUGCUUCUUUCCCUUUUUAAGGAGAAUGUAAUAAUGAGAGGAGAAAAGUUGGAACAGAUUUGGGAUGCAAAUGGAUUAGAUAAUACCGUUACAUGGGAAUUUAUUCGUAGCUCGAUUCUUACAAUCGUGAAGCAGCACUUUAGUCAAAUAUCGUGUCACCUCAAUCCUCUAUUACACAAGAUAUCAAUCAAAAAAGCAGAAGAGGAAAUGGGCUUAGAGAUCUUAAGGAGCAAUGGAAACAGUAGGCCCUCUCAGAAUGCCCGUCAUCGUGUUAUCCAUUGCAGCAGAGACAGGUUUAAUCAUUUCACGAAUGAAAAUAGCAAACAACUUAUUUCUCUCGUCUUCCAUGGAGGUGGUCGCUACUUGGACGAUGCUGGCCAAUCAUAUUGGAAGAGUUUUGAAGCCCUCAAGAUACUCGACAUAGAAGAUUUUGGGGUGAAGAGUUUGUAUGAAACUAUCGGCACAUUGAUUGAGUUAAGGUAUUUGGGAUUGAGAAACAAUUACAUGCAAGAGAUCCCACACUCGUUGGCAGAGCUAAAAAACCUUGAGGUUCUUGAUAUAGCUCUCAACUUUAUGGUGGUGGUGCCGAAUACUGUAGGGCAAAUGGGCAACCUUCGUGAACUCCACAUGUCUGAUGUGAUUUUUCAGAAGCCUUUGAAAGAAGAUGCGCUGCAGAAUCUACGGUCCCUAGCAUACAUCUCAAUUUAUGAUUGGACAUGUGAGGACCCGAACUCCAGUAGAAAGUAUAAACUUCAAACGUUGGGCAUUGAAGAAUUUGAUGAAAACUCAAAUGUAAGCAAGCUCUUUGAAACACUAGCUAAGUUUCCGAAGUUUAAAAAUCUUUUCAUAAGAGGGUUUCGUUAUAGAAGCAUGCCAUGUAUGGACGGAAUGGGUGUUAUACCAUACCUCAAGGUACUAAAACUAGAUGGGCGCAUAGGUAGGCUACCAAGUGCAGAUUGUAUGCAUCAGUUUCCUAUGCACAUAGCAUUGGUAAAUACUUGUCUGGAUGAAGACCCCAUGCCAAUAUUAGAGAAGCUCUGUUUCCUAAGACACCUCAAACUGCGAAAUGCAUACACUGGUCGAGAAAUGGUGAUCCAGAAAGGUGGAUUUCCCAGGCUCGAAGUGCUUUGCAUCAAUGAACUGUGGAAUCUUAGAAAGAUACAAGUUGAUGAUGAUGCAAUGUCGAGUGUCAAGGAACUAGAAAUCAAUAACUGUCCACAUCUGGAGACACUUCCGGAACAAAUUCGGAGGAUGUCUAAACUGCAAAAGUUUAAGAUGGUAACGACAAAACACAUUGCAACAAAGAUCAGAAAUUCAGGUUUGACGUCCGAAAUUAUUGAGGUGGAUAUCCAUCCAUAGUUUGAAGUUGUUAUAUAUCUGAAAGAUACAAGUUGUGGAAAGUGCAAUGUUGACCGAUGCAUGUACCUCGAUGAGCAUAGAGAUAGAGGUUGAAUUCGCUGGCUCAGCUGUCGCUCCCGAGAUGUCUCCGCAAAGUUCAUCAACCACGGUGUCUUGAAGAUUUUGUCCAUGAUUGUUUCCUUUAUUUAUCUUUGAGUAUAAUCCCCUUUUGAUUCUUUAAAUAUGGCCGAUUUAUGAUUUUGGUCCAGAACACUCACUUUUCAAAAAGUAAGUCCGAAACAAAUGAAAAAUGAUAUCUUUUGCAUCCUUUUUUGACGGCACUGUCAAUUCUCGACGGUCAACCGUCAAUUAGCAAAAAUUUGACCCGAUUAGCUUAUUUUAAUUACUGUAGCUAAUUUAAUAUUUUUUUAAAAAAUUUUCGGCUUUUAUAUUUUUAAAGUGUAGCCGGAACUCCGUCUCCGUCGACCGCGUCCGUGACUUCGGAGACUUCCGAUUUAGCUACGCUUUAUGCUAUUGUAAGAAGAUGGCGGCGCUCCGUAUUGUCAUCGGACAAGGUAAACCGUCGAGGGGGAAGCUUUACUUCACGUGAGAGACGAAGGAAUGCGGUUUCUUCAAGUGGUGCGAGCCGAAUCGUGAUGUCGAAAUUACGAGCCAAACCGGGCCUCUUUUUUGUCAUCCUCGGUCGGUGGUGCCGAUUUUGAGGAGCUGGCUUUGAAUUUGACCGAAAUUACCAAAAAAAUCCAGAAAUUAAUCAAUGUUUUGAGUUUUGUUGUUCUUUGUUUUGUUGUUGUUGCAACACUUAUUUGUAUAUUCAAGUAAUUUGAUGUAGUAUUUGUGAAUCCUUUUUGAAUGUU